AUGUCAUCGCGCCGCUACCCUCCCUUGGGCUCCACCGGAUUCGGUGGCAUCCGCACGCGGUCGUCUGGCACCUUCGCGGCCAAGAUGUCGGCCGUCGGGAUGCGCAUGUGGCUCGACGUGUCUCGCACCAUGGACGAGGUCGCACACGCGUACGACACUGCGGUGUGGAAGUUCGGCCGCGGACACCUCGACCUCAACUUCCCGGAGAUUGAGUGUCGAUCCAAAGCCGAUAUGCUAGCGUCACCUUCGCUCAUCAUGACGCGCGCGGACCAGAGGCGACACCGCUGGGAGCAUCAGUGGCUUGCCAUUGCUGAGGCGGAUAAGUGGGCCAUGGAGCAGCGGAGGACACGUUUCCCGGAAGAUGUGCAGGCUGAGUUCAACUUCUCGCGUGCGAGGAGGGAGGAGAGGAGGGAGAAGAUAAUGAGGAAGGUGAUGUCUGAAAGGUUAAAGAUUGUGUGUAUCUAG